UUUCAGUUUCGUUUCUUGUUCCUGCUUUCCGGAAUGGCGUUUGCUGAUCUGAGAGAAGAGCUGAACUGCUCCCUCUGCCUGGACAUUUACACCCAGCCUGUGAUGCUGCCCUGUGGGCACAACUUCUGCCAGGGUUGCAUUGGGAGGGCACUGGAUGCCCAGGGGGGGUCUGGGGGUUAUUCCUGCCCAGAAUGCCGAGCUGAGUACCAGAAGCGCCCGGCCCUGCCCAGGAACCGGACUCUGGGGAACAUAGCAGAGCGAUUCCAUUCAGCGGAACUGGAGCCGGGGGAGACUGGGAUUCCCUGCACCUACUGUGUCAUCUCCCCUGUACAUGCGGUCAAGUCGUGUCUUCUGUGUGAGACCUCCAUGUGUGGCGUGCAUCUGAAGGUACACAGCGAGUCAGAGGAACACGUCUUAACUGAACCCACUGCUUCCUUUGAAAACAGAAAAUGUUCCACCCAUAAAGAACUACUCAAGUAUUACUGCCCCCAGGAUGGAGCCUGUAUCUGUGUGUCCUGCUGCCUGGCUGGGGAGCACCGGGGCCACAAGGUGGAGCCACUGAGUGAGGCCUCUGAGAAGAAGAAAGAGAAACUGAGGAAAGUUCUGGAGAAACUGAGCCCAGAGAGAGAGGAGACUGAGGGGCAAAUCCAGAGGCUGCAGGAGCGCAGGAAAGAAUUGCAAGAAAAGGCAGCCGGUGUAACAGAGCAGAUUAACGCUCUCUUUAGAGACAUCAGGGAACGACUCAGUCUUCUAGAAGAACAACUUCACAUUCAGCUCUCCAUGCAGAAAGUUAUGGUUUCACUCGAAGUCUGGGAUCUGAUCCGGGAGCUGGAGAUAAAGAAGGACGAGAUGUCCCCGAAGAUCCGGCACAUUGAGGAGCUGUGCAACAUGGCAGAUCCACUCGCUGUCCUACAGGGCAGAGAGGAAGGGGAUACUGAGGGGGCAGAUAAUGAGGGCAGACAGAAUGAUGAUACAAAGGUCCCUGCUGUAGGGGAUGUGGAUGUGGGUUUAAUCUUAGGGACGUUAAGCGCAGGACUACAUAGGUUUCUAAACAGCCUGAGAGUCAAUAGCAAGCUGUGUAGGCAAGAGGCUUCAGGAAUGCAACUCGAUAUAAACACAGCUGGGAAUUAUGUGGCUGUGUCAGGGGAUGGGAAAACUGCAACCUGGACACAAGUAAAUCAGCAUUAUCCCAAAACCCCACAGAGAUUUAUGUUUUCGCAGGUUUUAAGCUCUAUGAGUUUCUGCUCCGGGCAGCAUUACUGGGAGGUGGAAGGAAGUGCAUCGGGAGGAUGGAGGGUCGGGGUGGCCUAUCCAACCAUAGAGAGACAAGGAGAAUGUUCAGUCAGUGGGAGUAAUGCGAAGUCCUGGAGCCUGAGUAUGUAUCAUAGGGAAUAUUCAGUAAGACACGACCGAACAGCGACCAUGUUACCCGGCAAGUUAUCCAGUCAGAGGUUUGGGAUAUUCCUGGACUACGAGGCCGGACGCCUGUCCUUCUAUGAGCUGAGUGAGCCAAUCAGGCACCUACACACCUUCUCCGCCUCCUUCACUGAGCCCCUGUGCGCUUCAUUCUAUGUGUCCAUCAAUUCCUGGGUGAAACUAAGGAACUAAUGAAACUAUUGGCUGAGAGUGUAUUUGUCGGACCAAACACAGCGUGGAGCGAUUUUCUGAACCUGCGGGCUGAAAUGCGUGGUGCCAUAAGGAAAGGGAAUGUGCUACUCUAGGGAAAUGUCGUUCUACAUAAAGUGUGGCCCCUGGCCAGGGUUCUUCUGACACUUUAUGGCAAUGUUAUUAAAGGUAACAAGUAUUGGUCACUGCAUCAUACAGCUGUAAAAAUGAAAGCAACGAUCCUUCAAAAGUUUU